UCAGCAGUCCUCAUCUUUGGAUUUUCUCUUCACAGGUCUUGAAGGGCUCGAAGAAGCUGUCGAUGUCAGUCUGUUCAAUGGGGCGGAUCCCGGGUGGUUAUGUGACCAAUCAUGUGUACACAUGGGUGGACCCUCAGGGCCGCAGCGUGUCCCCUCCUCCAGACCUGGUGGAGCAGCACAGCUUAGGAGGAAGACUCUCAGACCUCCACACAAACACUGAGAAGAAGGUGAAUAUCUCACUGGAUGAUGGCCGAUCUCUGGGUCUGAUGAUUCGAGGCGGUGCUGAAUACGCUCUGGGCAUUUAUAUUACUGGAGUGGACCGAGGCUCUGCUGCUGAGUACAGCGGACUGAAGGUAGGGGAUCAGAUUUUGGAAGUGAAUGGACGCAACUUCCGGAGCAUCUGUCAUGAUGAGGCCGUGCAGAUCUUGAAGAAUUCACGACACAUGCUGAUGACCAUAAAGGACGUGGGCCGACUGCCUCAUGCUCGCACUGUAGUGGAUGAGACCAAAUGGAUCCCCAGCGCGCAGAUCGCUGAGAGCUCGGCCAACAGCAACAGCCAGAGUAUUCUGUCUGUUGAUGUCGGAACAGGAAGUUUAGGGAAGUCAGUGUGUUGUAAAGGUGUCGUGCCAGCAGUUGGAGCGGUGCGCACCGGAGCAUGGAGCUCUCUGGAGGAACAGGCGUUCAUGCUUCUGACGGAGACGGAGAGACAGACCAUGAGUUAUUACAUUCAGGAGUACCAGCGCGCACACAUUGGAGUAGAGCCUCUGGCAAUGGCCCUGUUUGAACUCUUCAAUACACAUGCAAAGCUGUCGUUGCUGGCUGAGGUGCGAACUCUGGUCGCUCCACAGGAUCUGGAGCGCUUCGAUGGGCAGGUGCUGCUUCGGGAGAUGGAGGCGUGGAGAGCUCGACACGGAGGAUCAGGCCUCCUCCACCCAGACUCCAUCUGCAUCACUCAUCCAGAGGGCCUUGUUUCUCCUCCUGCCUGCCAGAUGAACACUGCAGGCUCCGGCUACAGCAAGGCACGUGCACCUGCAAGUAAUGUGGAUAUUAGAAUGUGCUGA